AAAACUAAUUUCAAAAUAAGAACCCAAAAUGAAAUUUCUUAGUCCCUUCUUUUUACUCUUGGCCUUCGCAUUGGUGGCUAUUAUUCUUCCGGUCAAUGGGCAAAUGAAUAUGUCCUGUAGUGCCUCCAUGGUCUCAAGCUUUAGUCCUUGCUUGAACUUUGUCACUAAUAGCUCAGCCAAUGGCACUUCCCCGACCGCUGAUUGCUGCAACGCAAUCCGAUCACUUGCAAGUGGUGGUCGGGACUGUCUUUGCCUCAUCGUCACCGGAGGAGUUCCUUUCCAAAUACCUAUCAAUAGGACUCUUGCUAUUUCACUUCCUCGCGCUUGUAACUUGCCUGGUGUCCCCAUACAAUGCAAUGCCGCUACUGCUCCUGCUUCAGCUCCAGCCUCGAUCCCUCUCGGACCAUCUCUUUCUCCACAACCUUCACCAACGGCCAGUCCUCAAGCCCCGGAACCCACCACGCCGGCUCUUACUCCAUCUUCUCCGGUAGUUCCUGAAGCCGAAGCUCCAUCGGAGACUGGCGGAAGUCGCCCAGUUCUGACCCCAUCCUCCGCCGUCCCUUCAAACAGCUUUCCAGAUAGUUUUCUGCUUAUGGGAUUAGCAUUUGUAAUUUUGAAAAUUUGAAAUUCAACUGGUUGUGUGAUAUUAUUGUUCGUUUUCUUUUGUCAAUUUUUUGUUUGAAAAUUGAAUGGAGUUGAUCUUGAUCGGAGUAUUAUGAUUCUGUUCUGUU